CUUAGCUUUUCUAUAUUCCUUUCCGCUUGAACGUUCCAACCACACGCCUCUCACAUUCUCUCUCUCUCUCUGAACCGAUUUCCAUCUCCGUAAUCAGAGAGUUUGAGGCAACAUGUCAGAUCGAUUGACGCGUAUCGCCAUCGUCAGCAACGACAGAUGCAAACCAAAAAAGUGCCGUCAAGAGUGUAAGAAGAGUUGCCCUGUCGUCAGAACUGGAAGAUUGUGUAUUGAGGUUACUUCUGCAUCGAAGAUUGCUUACAUAUCUGAGGAAUUAUGCAUUGGAUGCGGUAUUUGUGUUAAGAAAUGUCCUUUUGAAGCUAUUCAGAUUAUCAACUUGCCAAAGGAUUUGGACAAAGACACUACUCAUAGAUAUGGUCCUAAUACUUUUAAGCUACACAGGUUGCCGGUUCCGAGGCCGGGGCAAGUGCUUGGUUUGGUUGGGACAAAUGGAAUUGGGAAGUCCACUGCCCUUAAAGUUUUGGCUGGAAAAUUGAAGCCAAACUUGGGUCGUUUCACUAACCCCCCUGAUUGGCAGGAAAUUUUGACCUAUUUUCGAGGAUCUGAAUUGCAGAAUUACUUUACUCGCAUUCUAGAGGAUGAUUUGAAGGCUAUCAUCAAGCCUCAGUAUGUUGACCACAUUCCAAAAGCUGUGCAAGGGAAUGUGGGGCAGGUGCUAGACCAAAAAAAUGAAAGAGAUAUGAAGGAAGAGCUUUGUGCUGAUCUUGAGCUUAAUCAAGUUAUAGAUCGUAAUGUUGGUGAUCUUUCAGGGGGUGAGCUCCAAAGGUUUGCCAUUGCGGUUGUUGCCAUCCAAAAUGCUGAGAUAUACAUGUUCGAUGAACCCUCUAGUUAUCUUGAUGUGAAACAGAGGCUGAAAGCUGCCCAGGUUGUUCGGUCAUUGCUCAGGCCUAAUAGCUACGUAAUUGUUGUUGAGCACGAUCUUAGUGUCUUGGACUACUUAUCAGACUUUAUUUGCUGUUUGUAUGGAAAACCUGGUGCAUAUGGAGUCGUAACACUUCCUUUCUCAGUUAGAGAAGGAAUUAAUAUCUUCUUGUCCGGCUUUGUUCCAACAGAAAAUCUUAGGUUUCGGGAGGACUCUCUUACCUUUAAGGUUGCAGAGACUCCACAGGAAAGUGCUGAGGAAGCUCAAACAUAUGCUCGAUACAAAUACCCAACCAUGACCAAAACUCAAGGCAAUUUCAGGCUUCAUGUCGUUGAAGGAGAAUUUACGGAUUCUCAGAUUAUUGUGAUGCUGGGUGAGAAUGGAACAGGAAAGACAACAUUCAUUCGAAUGCUGGCUGGUUUAUUGAAACCUGACACUGUAGAAGGUGGAGCUGAUGUGGAUAUGCCCGAGUUCAAUGUUUCAUAUAAACCUCAGAAGAUUAGUCCGAAGUUCCAAUCAACUGUUAGACACCUGCUACAUCAAAAAAUUCGUGAUGCUUAUACUCAUCCCCAGUUUAUAUCAGAUGUGAUGAAACCACUACUUAUAGAACAGUUGAUGGACCAAGAAGUUGUGAAUCUUUCUGGUGGAGAGUUGCAAAGAGUCGCCUUAUGCCUUUGUCUCGGAAAGCCUGCAGACAUCUAUCUGAUAGAUGAACCAAGUGCAUAUCUUGAUUCAGAACAGCGUAUUAUUGCUGCAAAAGUCAUCAAGAGGUUUAUUCUUCAUGCAAAGAAAACAGCCUUUAUAGUUGAGCAUGAUUUCAUUAUGGCAACUUAUCUUGCCGACAGAGUUAUUGUUUAUGAGGGUAAACCUUCAAUUGAUUGUAUUGCAAAUUCUCCACAAUCAUUGCUGACUGGGAUGAACCUUUUCUUAUCACAUCUUGAUAUUACAUUUAGAAGAGACCCAACUAAUUUUCGCCCAAGGAUCAACAAACUUGAUUCAACCAAGGACAGAGAGCAAAAGAAUGCUGGGUCUUAUUAUUACCUCGACGACUGAGUUUAUACUCGACAGCCUGCUCUUUUGCCAAUGCAACAGUGCGCCAAUUUGUGCUUUUCGUCAAAUCCCAGCUUUAAUUCAUUUGAUGCCUUGAUAUAUAAGAUACUCCUUUUUGUGUUGUAGGCAUCUUUCUCAAUGGAUAAAAGAGUCUGCAUGCAGGCCAUAUGUUGGUUGGUGCAUUUGUAUAUGUUUCCAUAAUAUUUAGUGCAGUUGCUCAUGACCAGUUUUGGUAUGACUUUGGUGGGUGAAUCUGAUUAUACUUGAGUUUGUAUCGGUCAUGGUUUCACAUUUGAUGUUCCUUGAGAGAUUCAUGAUGCCACAGAUUAAGUUUAUCACCAUUGCGGCUCGCAUAAUUAUCAGUUGAAUAUGUAACGAAGUAUCCCAUGUUACUUAAUUUUGAUAGAUGGUUUCUUUUUGGAAUAUAUCUCUUCUGAGAGGGUUGAUGUUUUAAUGGUUAUCAUGCAUUUUAGGA